UCUUCAAGCAACCAAUCGCUCACCGACACCUUAGUCACCACCACCACCACAACCCCUCUUAACAACAAUGUCUACUGCUACCAAGAAGGCCCCCGCCAAGAAGGCUUCCGGCGCCAAGUCGUCGAGCGGCCCAUCCUACCUCGACAUGAUCAAGCAGGCCAUCGCUAGCCACCCCGAGGAGGCCCGCGUCGGACUCGGCCGACCCACCCUCAAGAAGUACAUCCACGCCAAGUUCCCCGCUACGACCAAGGUCAGCGACGCUCAGUUCAACAACCUCGUCUCCAAGGCCAUCCAGAGAGGACACUCUACUGGCGCCCUCAACCUCCCCAAGGGCCCCUCUGGCCGUGUCAAGCUCGCAGCCAAGGCUAAGCCCGCUGCCGCUGCUGAGAAGAAGCCUGCCGCCGCCAAGAAGGCACCGGCUAAGAAGGCUGCUACCGGCACCUCGACCAAGGCUAAAGCUCCCGCUGCUAAGAAGGCUGCCCCCGCCAAGAAGGCUGCUUCGUCGACAACCACCAAGGCCAAGAAGCCCGCUGCUAAGAAGGCUGCCCCGGCCAAGAAGGCUGCUGCUAAGCCCAAGAAGGCCGCUGCCAAGAAGUAAGGAGCUCGUCGACACUACCAUGCUGUCGUCGUCACCACAUCUUCUCUCGGCCUACCAACACCAUCUCGCUCGGCUCACGUGCGCGCCUUCUCCGU